AAAAUUCUACUUCCGUUGGCGGGUUUGCCGUAUCUCGUGUAUACACACUGCGCAUAAUUUGGUGUUAUUUCUAUUAGUUAAUUUACUGUUAGUUGGAGAAAAUGACAAAAGGCAGGACAGAACUAGGAGACAUUACUCCUCACAAUAUCAAACAGCUCAAGCGGUUAAAUCAGGUUGUAUUCCCUGUUACCUACAAUGAUAAGUUUUACAAAGAUGUUCUUGAGGUCGGUGAACUUGCUAAGUUAGCGUACUACAAUGAUAUAGUGAUUGGUGCUGUGUGCUGCAGAAUCGACACAUCAGAAAAUGUUCGUAGGCUCUACAUCAUGACAUUAGGAUGUCUGGCCCCCUACAGAAGGCUGGGGAUUGGUACUGUGAUGCUGGAACAUGUUUUAAAUAUCUGUGCCAAGGAUGGGAACAUAGACAACGUCUUUUUGCAUGUCCAAGUCAACAAUGAAGGGGCAAUAAAGUUUUAUGAAAAAUUUGGCUUCAAAAUAGUGGAGGAGAAAAAGAAUUAUUAUAAACGUAUUGAGCCAGCGGAUGCAUAUGUUCUACAGAAGUCUUUCAAGGAGGAGAGUGGGGAGAUGAAAACCACAGUAUCUAAUGAUGAGAACACCGAUAAAACAUCCUAACAUUUAGAUGGUUUUAUAAAUUUGUUUCAUUAUACAUGUGUCAACUUCUUGGAUGAAAUAGACUGCUACAAUAUUUAUUUUAGCAUUCUGGAAAUAGCUAGUACGUUUGGUUUUGAACAAUAAAAAGUUGAAUCUUUUUGGAACAUUAUAAAUAAUCAAUGGGGUGUAUAUCAUACAAAGAUUAUAAGGUCAGCUGAGAUUGCUUUAAACAUUUUUAUUUAGUUAUCUGAUGAAUAUGGCAUGAUUUUUAACUAACUUGAGCUUGUUUGUAGGUAAUAAUGAUGUACAAAUAAUUAUUGAGACCACUGAAAUGAAAAUAUUGUUAGGCAUUUCUGUUAUUGUAGAAGGACAAAUAGAAGCAUCUCAAGUAAAAAGAACUAACCUAAUGUACGAGAGGACUUUCUAUUGAAGGUUAGUCUCUGUUUCUAAUUUGUAAAGACCUACGCAGUUUACAGAUGUCCAAUAUAAGAUCCAACUAGUUUAGCGGUUGAUUCAAGUACCAGUUUGUCUAGACAAUGACUUUGUGUAUAAGUAUGUUUGCUCUUUGUUAUCUAAGAUAGCAGUGAUGAUGUAAGAUUCUUGUAAAUAUGUCCUCUGAAUUAAUAAACAUACCUGUUUUGCAU